AUGGACGCCAUACUGGCUGUCGAUGAACUUGUCAGGCCCAUGACCGACCAGACUCUGGAGGCUGCCUUGCAAAACCCUUACCUCUUGGAUGUACUAUUGGGACUCUCGGCACAACAUCUAGCUGUACUAUACCCCUCUCAAGCUGAUUAUUACCACCAUCAAGCUACGCAGUUACAAACACGCGGGCUCAGCCGUUUCAACCAAGCCAGGGACGAUAUCUCGGGAGAGAAAAGUAUCCCCAUGUUUCUCUUCGCGUCUACCCUCGGCCACCAGCUGCUGUGCGACAGUCUCCGUAGUUGUCGUGACGACUUCGAUUCCUACCUUGGCCAAUUUGCAUGGUAUCUUGAGAUUCAUCGCGGCGUCAGUACAGUCACCAACUGCUCAUGGAAAACCAUCCGCGAAAGCGGUGUUAAAACAUUCGUCCAAUUUCUCGAGGCAGCAAAACCUACGACAGAGGCUCCCGAGAUCGACACCCUCCACUGCAUGCUCGAUCAGUCUAAUCUAAGCCCAGUCUCGCUGCAGGCUUGCCGCCAGGCCACUGAGACCUUACGGAACUCAUUCCACAUCUACCGUAGCAUUCUUAAGCGAAGUAUUCAUACGUCCGCUUCUGUUACCUCAUUUGGUGCCUGCGUCACAACCGACUUUAUUGACGUACUCAAGCAACGUCGUCCAGAGGCACUUGUUAUCCUGGCCUUUUACGCCGUUCUUCUCCAUUGGUGUCGGAAUUUCUGGAUCUUUUCUGAUGCGGGCCAGUUCAUGAUUCGUUCCAUCGCGGCCCGUCUCGGCGAUCAUGGGUCGAAAUGGCUCGCGUUUCCUCUAUCAGUGCUCGAGAUGGAGCAGACUGGCUGA